ACUAUCUUUGACGCUUUCAUGUAAUGGUCGCUUACGUUUGCUAUGACGGUCAUUUAUAUAUCUACGACGUUUUAUUUAUCAGACUUAAUUCCGAGUUACAAGAAGACUUUUGAAUAGUGCUUUGAGUAAAAAUUAACAUGUCAAAGGAAACAAGUUCGGAAAAGUCAUCAGGAGAUGCUAAGUAUAUAAAAUUUAAGCCAUCACCAAAUUUUAAACACAUGAAGAAGUAUUUAAAAUCAAAGUUUGAGGAGGAUAAGAUAGCAUCUGCAUCAAAUGGCACUGCUGAGUCUUCUUCUAAUAAAACUACAGAAAAUGGCAAUAAGGCAAACAUACAGCCACCGUUACCACCAUAUUCCCCACCACCAGACAGUCCCACUAACUUUACUUUCAAAACUGAAGUCGAGGAUGACUCAUAUGAGUUAAAUUCGGAGGAAAAAACAGAAAAUGGGCAUAUGAAAGAAUAUUCAAUGGAGUUAAAACCAAAUAAAAGAAAGAAAAUUAUGUGUAAAGACUUUGUAAGAGGAUGUUGUAAAAGGGGAGAAGCUUGUAUUUAUGCUCACGAAUUAGAUUUAGACCAACUCAAUGGGGUCUACAAGUUUUGUCGCGACUUUGCAAAUGGAAAAUGCAAAAGACUCCUAUGUUUUUUCGUACAUGCUACCACAUUUGAGAAAGAAAAUUUUUUUAGGACUGGUAUUUUGCCACCUCAUACAUUGAGCCACUUAAAAGAUAUAAAUAUAGUGCGACCACAAUGUAUUCCAGGAGGCCCACCGCGUGAAACUGUACAGCCUGUAUAUGCCAACUCACCUCCAGACUUACAUACGAGUGGGGCCAUUCCUCCAGUACCUUUAUUGAACAUUCCGCAAUCAAGUGUGAAUGGAAAACAUCCUCAGGAUGAGUACCAGUCAUCAAGCACACCGUCAUCUUCCAUUUCUGAACUGAGCCGGGAAUGUUCAGAAAGCGUGCCUGCUACCGUAGUGUUUGAUAAUGAACCUACACCAGAGGAAUGUCUCGGUUGUGAAGUUUAUAAAAUAAGGUAUCAGCAACAACUGGCGAAAAGGGAUGCUUUACUAAAAUCCACAAAGGCGCUAGAUGAGAAUAUAGCUAAGUUAUCAAAAAAGAAGAAUUGGCUCACCGCAGUAUUAAAAGUCAUGCUAUCGGGUCCGGACACCUACAGCAAUAGUGAUACGAGUGCCUGAAUGUACACAGGUGUGAUAAUAAAAAUAUUUGCAUACUGCGCCCACGAAUCGUCGCCCAUCAUGUUCGCAGCCAGCGAGCGUGAGUGCGAAUACUGCGAUAUUUAUUAAAAUUCUGGCAUCGUCGUAAUACAAACCACAUGAUAUACUAGUAUGUGCUAUUACUAAAUGCGAAUUAAUGGAUUUCACGAUCCUGCAAUCUUUAACAACUAGCUGUAUCGCGCGGCUUUGGCUGCCUGAAUCGUUAUGUGCAUACAGUAUUCUAACAUGUUCUAAGUCAUGAUAUAAACUAAUUGUGUGCUAAACUUUGUUCAAAUCCAUUCAAUAGUUUUUGGGUGAAAGAGUAUUCCAGCAUCCAUGCUUACAAACUUUCGCAUUAUAACAUUGAUAGGAGAAGAUAUUGAUGUAUUACCAAAAGCAUCUAAAAAGUGAAAGAAUCAUGUUAUGAAUGUUAUAGUGUAAUAAUUCUUUUCUAGUUUUGUAUUCGAUUAUAAAAUUUAUAGAUUAGUAAUAUAAAAGAAGAAUAAAGAAAACAUAACAUACUUGUUACAGCGAGAUAGACAAGUAUGUCAUACACCUAAUAAAUUUGGUGGGAGUAUAAAUAAGUUGUAAUUAAUUAUUUUUACAUAUGAAUAAAACUUAAAUUAGAAAAAUAGGAUCUAGCAUUUUUCACUUAAUUACAUGUUUUGGAAAAGGAAGGCUUUUGAGUGACGACUCCAUACGGGUAAACAGUGUAGGGUGACCCUCCACUAGAUAGAGUGACGACCUCAAAUACAUUGCAGGUUGUUAAUGGAUGCAGGAGGUACAGGGCCGUUCUUUAUGGCAGUCUAUGGGGGAGGCCUAUGUUCAGUUGUGAACGGCAAACAGCUGAUAUGAUGAUGAAGAUGACAUACUUUAAACAUUUCCAUUUGAAUGCAAUAUUAAAAAGCAAUAUAAAAAAGACUUAGUAAAUAUCAAAUUUAAUCAAAUGAAAUAAACUUUUGCAUGCAAUUCAUAUACCAGCCAGAUGAAGAAAAGUACAUACCGAGUAUAUAACUCUUAUUUUUCUGUCAAUGCUUGCACAUUGUUUAUUUAUUAAUCUAUGGAUGUUUUGCUAUAUAUUAUUAUUAUAAGUACAGCAUUAACUAUUUUUGUAUACCACAAAAUUCUUUAAAUCGUUGCUUGUUACAUGAAUUUUUAUACUUGAAACGUUUUUAUACAUAGUUGCUUUAUGUAAAAUAGCAUAUUUCUUAGAAACUACAAUAAUACAGAAGUCAGCCAGGUGAUGUAGCUUAUUUCUGACAAAAACAAAGCGAACAAGCCAAGUAAAUAGAACCAGUAAUUAAAAAUAGGGGAAAUGGACAUCGGUAUUAUGGAAAAGUGGAUGUUAUAAUAAAAUACAGGUUUUUGGUUAUGGAUUGAAAAUGUUUACAUACGUUGGUGGUGCCUUCGUUUGGACUUUGUGUAAAUCUUAUUUAUACUUUUCAGUUAUUUGGGUAGAUUAUUUUAUAAUUUAAGAUAACCACUUGCCCAUUUAAUAUAUUAGUAUACUGUAUUGUAUUGUAUUAAUAUAAUACAUAAGAUUUUGUACACUUAGAUAUAUUAUUAAUUAUAUAUUAGAAAUUGCCUAGAAAAAUAGUUAAUACAUCUAUACAGAGAGAAUCACUUUGAAAUAGAAUAAGAUAACAAAUGUUGUAUGUUAAGCUAUAGCAACGAAAGCGUAUCUACAGAUAAUUUUGUUUAUCAUUUGUGUAUUUAUAGGUGACUAUAUAUUUUUAUUAUAUUUAUUAUUUUAUAAGCGACGGUUAUCACUGCACAUCAGCCAUCAGCUUGUUUAUUACUUUAAGUAUUAAAAAGCAAGAUGUUAUUUUUAUCUAUGUAUCCAAAUAAAUGCCAGUUUAAAAAAGAGUUGAAAUAACGCAGUAAAAAUGUUGAAAAUGGGAGCCGUUGUUAAACUGAAGUGUUGAGAUUUUUUUCUCUUAUUUUCUUUAUACGGCUGGUUCGAAAGUGGUGCUAUGUGUGAGUAAUGAUAUAGAAAAGAACAAAGACUCUGUGUGAGCGAAUCGAAAUGUGUCAUGACUUUUUUUACUAUUAUAAGGUCCCUCUAUUGAUCACGAUCUCACCUGAUAAAAAGCGAUGAUAUGGUCUGAGAUGCAGCUCGCGGGCCCAAAAAUAGUCUAUUCACAUUUGUCUUAAACUGGUUCUAUUCAUAUUAUAUAUGCAUUAUAUUAGCGUUUAAAUGGUAUGUUUACGACGUAAGGAAAUUUUUGCACUUGGGAUUAAAAAUUAUUAGCGAGCAAUAAAAAUUAUAGUUGCCACUGCAGAGUGCUUUUUAAUCUUUAGGUGUGCUGUUUGUUAGAAAAAAGUACAUUUAACGCAUCUAGCCAUUAGAAAGUAAUCGUAAUAAAGCGAAGCGAUCUUAUAGUAUUUAUUAAUUGCUAAAUUUAUUUAUUAGUAAUUACCUGUGGAUGAAGGGCUAUCGAAGUGCUGUUCUGAUAAAUUACAUAAAUUACUAUUUUGAGGUUAGCCUCCUUUCAAUAUUUAUGCGAUUAAUCUGUAUUUCUAUAAUAAUAUAUAAGAGAAGCUACAUGAUGUGUAUUAACUUUUACAGUUUUGUUUUAUUAAUCUUCUUUCUCUUGUUCUUGGCUGCCAUUACCAUUUUAAAGCAGAUGAUCUUCAGACAUAUACUCAAACUACUGUAGAUGAUCUCAAUCAAGCUGUAGCGAAUAUUAAUAUUGAUCUAAAUAACAUUCUGGUAUGGUCGUCAAAAUAUGAAUUAGUUGUUAACCCUUCUAAGUGUCAGACAAUUUUGAUUGGCAGUUUUAAACAACUAGUUUAACUGAAUGUUAACAAAUAGGGACAAUCAUAUAUAAUUUAGAUAUACACUUGAAAACUAGCGUUAAAGAUCUUGGCCUUUACAUAGAUUCAACACUCAGCUGGUCACAUCAAGUUGCGGAGGUGAGCCGCUCAGUUGUUGCUACUCUGCGCAUCUUAUGCCGCUUUAAGAACUUUUUGCCUACCGCUACAAAAAUUAGUCUUGUUCAUGCCCUAAUUUUUCUUAUUAUUGAUUAUGCUGAUGCAUGUUAUCCUGAUCACAAUGAAAUCUUUUAAAAAAGCUGGACCGUCUCGUCAACCAAGCCACACGCUUUAUCUUUAACCUUAUAUAAUAUUUUUCUAUUGGUCUUAGCUCAAAUGAUUUACCAUUCGUCAACGCAGAAAUAUUAGGACUCUCUGUACCCUUUUUAAUCUUUUUCGAAACCUGUAGUCUCCCAGGUACUUAAGCAGCAGUUUCCAGUAUCUUUUUCAAGCUAUCGACCGUACCCUAAGUUCCUGCGAUACUCUCCAACUCUCUAUCUACUCUUAUCGUACUAGUUUCUUUUAAAAUUAUCUUAAACUCUUCACGGCUCUGGAACGUGUUCCCUGAUUCUAUUAAGAGACUCCCGACAACCGUCUUUCAAAAAAAGAAAAGUUUAUACUUACUUCAAUGCUUUAUCCGAACAGUAAGUACCAAUUAUUAUUCUCAGCUUCGUGUGAAGUAUAUCUUAUAUAUGUGUAAGUAUAUUUGUUGUUUAUAUUUUAUUUAUUGAUUUAAACUUUAAUGCACAGUAAAAUUCUACGUACAUUUGGCGGACUUAACAUUGGAUGGUGUUUUCUACCAGUCAACCAUUGGGCAGACCGAGAAAUAAGUAUGCGGUGCAUUAUUAAAGAGGAAAAAUAAAGCAAUACUUGAUAUAUUCAUAUAUUAUAAACUUAUUAUUAGACUAAUAUAAACAUACACAAUAUAUUAAAUAAAUAUGUACGUAUAAUAAAUACAUACAUAAAUAAAUACAUAAAAUACUACUAUAUUAAACAAUUAACUGUAAUGGAAGAGCAAAUAACAAUCUAUGAUUUAAACAGUAACCAGCACAAUUAAGUUUAAAGGGAAAGAUUUUUUUUAGAAAUAGGAGCACAAUUUACGUUUAAAAGCUAGUUUGCUUAGAGUAGAACUUAUGUCAAGCGAAAGUGCGUUCUAGUGUUUAAUAGUAAUAAUUUAUAUAUAUAUAUAUAUAUAUAUAUAUUUAUUUGUUUAUAUAUUUAAUUUUUACUUUAUAUGUAUAUCAAUUAUUACUAGUACCGUAUUCGUGUAUUCCGACACUUCCUUAAGGUUGAUUGGGGGAGAAUGCAAAUAAAUAUAAAUCAAUAAAUACUUUUAGUAUGAAGUCCGCCUUGUACACAUACAUGUGCUAAAGAAUAAAUGAAUAAAGAACAAUCUCAUUAAAUUAGAUACCCAUCCUUAGAUGGCUUCUUUUUAUUUAACUCGAGCACCGCUAAUUCUUAACAUCUAAUUUGUAAAAAGCAAAAUCGUACUGCUUUUUCCAAUUUAUGUCGAACCUGGCCUUUUUUUACAUUACAAAGAUUGCUUUUUACAAUAUUAGUUGAUGUGGCCGUGUUUCACACAAUUUGAUAACUUAUAUAUAAAUCGAUUAUUAAAGAUUUUGACAUGAAUGUCUUUGUAAAAAAUCCGCAAUGUUUAAAAGUGUGACCAGAAGAUCUUUUAGUGUUCUAGAGUUCACCUUUGGGGAGAAGCAAUUGAGAGACACGAUGAGGCUCUCGCUGUAUCUCUGUACGUUUCUAAGGCAUUUGACAGGGUUUAUUUUUUUUAGUAAAUGAUAAUGGAAUGGCAACUCCGUCUACGUUAACGAUAUACAUUGCCAGGACAUCAGUGAGGGAUAAUAGGUGGCGAUGAAGCAGGUUAGUUGGCCUAUUAUGACAAUAAAUCAAUCCCAAUAUUUUCCAGGAAGAACUGCAUGGAAGUCGACCUAAUAGGGUAUAUUGCUAGCAAUGGGAUUGUUAAUUCCCAUUACUACUUAGGGGUAGGUAGUAAAGGGAAUUAACAAUUCUCUCACUGCAUUUGACAAGGUUUGGCAUAACCAUUUUUAUUGAAACGCUUUCUUCUUUCUCAAUUUCCGAGAACCUGAUUACGUAACUUUUGCAAAGGACGAUCAAUAAGAGUUGUCAUCGGCGAUUGCUCGUCAGACCUUGUAGAUACCAGUGCCAAGGUACCCCAAGAUCGGUUCUAUUUAAAACAUUAUUUUGCCCUAUAUAUAGCCUGCUUAAGCUUGGAAUUAAAACUAUUAAGUCCAAGGAUAACGUAAGCCUUAGAUGGUAUGCUCCCAUGAUAAAUAAAUCAGACCACCCAUUUCCUCAAACGAAAAAAGUAUAAGCGGCCGCGUAGUUACGCAGUUUUCACUGCCAGACCAAACUUUGAAAUAUUCUUGAAAUCUGUAGAUCCACGUCAAAACGGCGAUGACGUAAUAAAGCAGGUCAUAAAUAGUGUCAACAUUAAUAAGUAUAGGUUUAAAUCGAGUCACCAAAAUAAAAAGUUACCAUGAGCUGCAAUUCAAAACGACCACAUAGGAAGAGUGCAAAAAGCAAGCAGCUAGAAAUGCCGCUAUAUUAUUAAUAUUGCCGCUAUAUUUAUAAUAUUAGUAUUGCUAAGCACAACGACACAGAUAGAGCGCAUGACGCCCACCCAACACAGGACCGUCUAAAAAUUAUUGGAAAAACAGAGUCGUUUGAAAACUUCUCACAAAUAAUGGUCAACUAGUUAGAUCUGUUGUUGCAGUUUUAAAUCCUGAAAUCGAAAUAAUUGAAAACCCGGAGUAGACAAUUCAAAAUGUAGUCGCCAUAAAAAUAAGAUAUUGCCGUUUUGCGUUUAUUGACGUCUAUUUGGACAAGACUUUUAAUAUUGAAGAUUCCAUUAUCUAGGUGCUAACAAUUAUUGUUCUAUAGAUACAUCAAACUUUAUUAUUAUUGGAAACAUUAACGCCAUUAGUCGUUGGAUGCGAUACAGAUGAUGUUAAAGACUUUCGUCUUAUAUAUAUUAUCUUCCGACUAAACAUGAAAGUAUUACAUGAAGAUACACAGUCAACAUUAUAUGUUUAUUGACAAGGGUAACACUAACCCAGCAUCAUUGAUAUUAUAACUUGCUCCGUCCACCUUCUCAGAUUACAGACUGGCAUGGGAAUCCAAUACUUUGCUCUCUCUUUGAUCAUAUACUGAUGACUUUUGCUAUUGGUUUACACAGAAAUUAUUAAACUGAUACGCUAACUCCACCUCAACACGUACUUACAGUAUAGCAAAUGCAAAUUCGACCAUGUUCCAGGAAACCGUGAAAGUCCAACAAACAGCAAAAAAUAUAAAUCCAAAUGCAAUCUCAAAUAUUCAAAAACACCAAGACUUAGAAACCUCAAACUCAAAACAAAACCAGAAAGAUAAUAGAAAAAUUAAAGGCUGAACUCUAAUAGCUUAUUGUAUACAUCCUCAUCAUCCCCAUCAUCUGCAAAAUAAAACAGAAUAAUAUUAAAGAACAAUUGCUGACCUCAAAUAAUAUUAAUAUUGCGAAAGUGAAUUUAUUUGUUUCGCUUUCACGUAAUUGCAGAAUCUUGGUAUAGAGAUAGAUAGGACCCUGGAGAUGUUAUAGGCUAUUUUUUCUCCUGGUUAGUGAAUAUAUCUCAGUCAUGCGGACAAAGUCUUGUGUAAAAGCUAGUAACCAUAAUUGGAAAAGUUCUGUAUAGGAGAAGAAAAAUAAAUAAUGUGAGAAAGAAGCUAUAGGAUCUCGAAGAGAAGUGCGAAAAACAUACGUGUAAACCUGCUUACAGAUGAAAAUGGAAUCAUCUAAUGAGUCUGUCACUCCUAGCUGAUACAUUCUUCCUAAUAGACGAUUCAUCUAAUGACACUCAAAUAAUGCAAUAAGAUAAAGGAAUAAAUUCAUUAAUAAAAAGUAAACCAAUCACAAAUAAACAAAUAAGUAGAGAGACUUUGUUUAAAAGUUAUUUGCUUGCAUACGUCUGUCCCAUUCGUAUUUCGACCGUGAAACAGUUGUGUUCGCAUGGCUGUGUUUCGGUUUGAAGGAUGGGAUAUGACAGUGAAUUUACACCUUAGUCCUCAAUAAUGGCACCGCAUGGAGGUUACAUGUCUGCUUGUUUCCCAUAGUUGUUGAAUAAAAAAACUUCAUUCACAAAAUACGAAUUAUAUUAUAAAACACUGAUAGUUAUAAAACCUAAGAAAGUAGCCCGAACGGACGGGUUUACAGUGGACAUCUACCAAAAAACACAUGAAAUCCAUCGAGACAUCUUUGUUGGCCGUAUUCAAUUAAUAUCUUUUUGUAAGCUAUUUUCCUUUAAUUUGGAAGAAAGCAUUCAUUAAAAUUAUCCCAAAGGCUGGUAAUAACUGUUAUACUUAUUUAAAGGUCCCCUUCCUCUUAUGGGAAAAGUUAACUGCUUUAGUAUUUUAUAAACAAAGGCUCCUUGCAGCCAAAUCCAUAUAGCUUUUCCAAGCUCCAAGCUAUUCCAAAGCGAGGCACCGAAGAUGCACUGUCAAAUGCCUUAAAAAAUUAGUGAUAACGUUAAAGUUAAGGCAUAGCCGUUAUGCUCACCUUGGAUAUCCAGCGAGCGUUUGAUAAUGCUUGGUGCGUCAACAAGCAUUACCAAAUGCCCUCUGUCACUUCACGUCUGGACAACUUUUAACACUUUACCAAGCAAAAGUCCGGUCUUGCAUGGAGUAUUUUCCUCAGUUGUGGUAUGGAUCUGCUCAAUAUCAGUUUAAUACUCUGGGCUCUAUUGAUCGACGUGCAAAAAGAUUCAUAGAAGAUGAGGCACUUAUUAUUAAGAAGUUCCAUAGUUUCGUUAUUCGCCGUAUGAUGGUUUGUUUAUUGGUAUUGUACCUAGUAUCCUAUCAAUGAGGCGCAGGGAUUUUUUCAUCCUUAUACGGUUGACAUUCUACCUAUUGAACGAUAAAACUAAGUGCUUGGUAGUGUUGAUUUCGUCGUUUCUUAUACGAACAAUCAAGGAGUGGAAUUCUCUUCCGGCGUGAUCUAAAAACAAACACGCCGAAUGAAGAUGGGGUUUUAUAAUGCUAGAGUGUAUAGGCUUCAUUUGAGUGUGCGUGUAACAUUUUAGAUCUCAUCGUCAAUUAAGAUCAGGUGAGAUUAUAAUAAAACUAGCUGAAAUAAAAAAAUCAGUAUAAACUAUAAUAUACGCGUUUAAUAAAUAAAAAAAAAAAUACUACACAUUCAUACAAAGGCAAGUGCAACGGUUUUCUCAAGGAUCCAAUAUAAUCGAUCCAGUAAGCACAUAAUGUAAUUAAUUUUCGUGGUUUUCCAAUACAAUACUUUUUUUAAUUCAAGGUUUGAAAAUCUGUUAAUGAAAUUAUCAUAAUUAUAAAAAAAGAAUAUUAAAAAAAAAAUAACAAUAAUGAUAUUUCAUUUAGUUGUGAAUUUGGUUUUUAUGGUGAAAAUAAAUAAAAAAAGAAAAUUACUUAUAAAACUAAAAUCCCCCCCGCGUCUGUCUGUAUAUUCGCGAUAAUCUUAAAAACUACUCAACGAAUUUUUAUGCUAUAUUCAUUUAUCAAUGGAGGAAUUCCUUAGGUAGAUUUAAUUAUGUAUUUGGUUAGGAUUUGUAGAAAUUGAUUGAAAUAUAACGAUGAUUGUUAAAAAUGUCGGAAAACAUUAAACCGCCUGAGAGCGUUCAUCGAUCAAGCUGUCUAAUCCGUUUAAGAUAUAACAAUAUGAUGUAUGUAGUAUAGUAGAAGUGUUUCUCUUUAUUGGGGUCAAAAAAAGCGAGGGCAUGUAUCUAUAUUAUACAGAAAGCUUUCUUUAGCAAUUUUUGUAUUUAAAAAAUGAAUACAAAUUAUGUGGAGCUUUCGAAACUAUUUAAAUGAAAACUUUGUCCUUAUCAAAUUAAAUAAUUGUAAUUACCUUUUACACUACACCAUUUAAUAUAUAUCAUAUCCGGUUGGCAGAGUUACGGCGCGAGCCUUUAAAUGUGUUAUCCGCUGAUGACUUAUACAGCUUCAUAGAAUGCGUACUUUUUUUAAUGUAAUGGUAACCCCGCAUGCUCUAACGGUAUACGCUGUCGGGGCACCAGUAAUUGAUGAUAGAUGAAAUGAAAAGGCAGGCCAGUUAGGCCAUCGUAAUGAAUACACCAGGAAUUCUACACAAUGGUUUACAGGGGGUACCACGUGGAGGUCGACUUGACAUGGUAUAUUUUUAGCAAUGCGACUGGUAGUCCGCAUUACUAACAAUUCCUUUGCAGAAUAGAUACGUGUGUGGAAGGCAUUCCAAGACCGCAAGAGGGGAGCGACAAAGUGUCAACUGUUACCGAUGGGUUAUGGCGUAUGCCCAAGGUCAUCAGAGCGAUUCAGAUCCUAGAUUAGGUUGCCGUACUACGAACCCUGUCGAGGAAUUGAAGGUCGGUUAUAUUUAAGGGGGGAGGUGUGGACGAGAUGUGCUAAGAUACGUAUCUGACGCUGCAGGAACGGCGUGAUGGGGGCGUCGUCUCCGCCGGCAGGGAAGGUGUCCUUUUUGCGAGUGUGCUUGUGUGCGUGUCGAAAUUUUGCGAAAGAAGGAGAGGAGGGUUGUCAAAUUUUGGCAACGAAGUAGUGUCGACACUAUUUUAUGAAUUGCUUGAUCGUGGGGAAUUUGAAGUCGCGGUAGAAAUCCGCGUACAUGGUAGGUCAUUGCGUACCUACCAUGUAGCGAGGUGACGCAAGAACUUGAUCUAAUUUACCUGUAGUCGAUUUAGAUAAGCGCGCUUUAUAGCGGUUAUUAAUGAAUGGGUAAAAACAAAUAUAUAUAUAUAUAUAUAUAUGUCUUCAAAAGAUAAACAUAUGUCAUCCCGGACUUUUUACGUAGAUCUAUAAUAGAGAUAGAAUCCUAUCAUACAUUGUUUUAUCUCAAAUGGAACAGGCAGUGUUUUCGAUGAUGGGUCAUCAAAAACACUUUAUUCAUAAGAUAAUCAUCCUUAUAUUUUAACUAAUUUACACAAAACCGUAUCGAGGAAUCACUGUGUACACAAAUAAAAAUCGUAUGAAAAUGUAUUUAGUAGUUUUGGAGAUCAUCGCCAACAUACAGGCAGAUAGACGCGGCGGAGGACUUUGUUUUGUAUUAUGAAGUGAUAGUGAUUAUGACACUACAUCAGUUUCUACAUUGUGCGGGUCACGACCCGCCCCGGAUUCGCACGGGGUUCGCUUACAACUUAACCAAGUGAAUACACUUUGAUAUUGGUGUUAGUGUACAUACCAACUAACACAGUUGGUGUUUGUAGGCGUUCAUAUCUAUAUAUUAUUUAUUACAUAUGUAUUAUAUAAAAAUCAAAAAUAUAUACAAAAAUAAAAAUAUGGUAUUCUAAAUAGUUCAUAGCAUUCUUGCGUCCCGAAUUAUUUUACUGUGGAUACUGUAUUAUUUUAAUAACAUCAAAUACUGUUUUAUGCCGUUACAGAUUUGUUUUAAAAGCGAAUUUGUUAUUAAAUGUUUAUUUUACUUCCACUCAUUUUUUGCAUGUUCAUGUUUAAAGAACAGUUCUUGCUACACAACGGGUGGUUAUCUUUGCGCUAAACACUAUCUAAAUUUAUUUAUUUAUUAUUACCUGCAGUUUACAGAUGAUCAAACUCUAACACACUACAGGUAAUUACAAUUUGUAAGGCACGAAACUUACGUACGAAGAAACGGGAAACUUUUAAAAAAAAUACUAAAUAGUAAUAUUAGUAAAGAUUUGCAUGGAUUUCAGCGCACAAUCUAACUUAGGCUUCUUGUAUAUUAACUGUGAAUUUUGUAGUGUUAGACUAAGUGAUAUCUGUUAUUUUAUGUAAAUAUGCAUCCUGAAAAGUUGGUUUUUGAGAUACAGUAACACAAUUUACGAUUUCAAUAAAAUUCUUAUUACAUUUUUCUUUUCACAGCUCUUUUGCUGCGUAUAUGUAGAUAGGUCAGGCGCUAUCUUUGCAUUAUAUCUGUAAUUUAAGGUUUUAUACUAGUAUAUUAAAAAAACCGACGAACUAUUAUUCACAUACCCAUUAUUAUUAUUUUUAAUUAAUAGUCCAGUGUUUAAUUCGUGGCUAAGUAUGAAAGGAUUACUCAGAGUAAAACGGUGAGAAUACACGGAGGUAAUGUUAAAUGGGUAAUUAUUUAAUUCAAGUUCCUAAAACUACAGUACAAUAAAAAAUACGAUUAACAAAUCUAAUAAUAAUUUGAUUAGUUGAUUAAAAUACUUUUGUUUAAUUCCACUACACAUUAGUAUGCGUACUGCUGGUUUUUGUUUUUGUUUUCUUAAUAUCAAUUAUCCAGUAAUAUGGACUAUCGUAAAGUAACACCUUUAUCAAAAUCUAUAAUGUGCUAUUAACUGUAAGGAUAACUUGACGUAAUAGAAUAAGGAAAAAAAUCGAAACCAUAUGGAACAGACGUUGAAUAAAAGGUAUAAAUAAGGUAACGUCCAUUUGACGUCUAUAAUAUAUGAUUUCGAUUUGAUCUCAAUUCGAUUGCGUCAAUAUGUCUCCGCGUUCUGUAGUUUUAGUAAAAGAUAAUAAUAAAUUACCUAUUUAAUAUAUCUACAGUAAGACAGAAUCUUCAGUCAGACAGAACAGUAUAUUUAAUGAUAUGUGGCCUUAAAAAACUUUGCUUAAUUUGAGAUAUCAUAUGAAAUCUCAUAACAUUCUAUAAAACGAUUGUUUUUUUUUUAGUUUUCUUAUAUUUUUAUAUGAGAUUUGGUGUGCAUUUGUUUCAAAAGAACUUAAUGAAAACGUAUCCAAGUCUGUUGAAAUUAUACAAUCAAUUACCCAAUUUUUGUCUACAUUUUCAUUAAUACCUAUUGAAACAAACUAUGUGUACCUACAUAAAUACUUAUCUGGUGUAUAUAUUUACCUAUAAUUAGUUAGGUUAGUUUAAAGAACUCAUUGUAGUGUUUUGUAAUUACUAGUUAUUAUGUUUUGAAAGCAAAGGCACAUCUGGGUUACUAUCAUUAAAUAAAUUAAAAUCCUC